AUGGGAGAAAUUAUAUGUCUUUAUGGAAAAACGUUGCCGGAUAUAGAAAAUUUUUUAAAAGAAGCAACACCAUCCCGAACAUUCGCAGACGUCGCUCUUUGUUGCUUCGGUGGUGAAAGGUUUUUGACGCAUCGACUCGUUCUCUCAGCUGCUAGUCCUUACUUACAGAAACUUCUGCAUGAUAAUGGUAACCCGUCGAACAAUCAAGAACCUAUAACAAUCGUAUUAGAAGAGAUCGAAUCAACCGAAUUAUCAGCAAUAUUAGAUUUUAUCUAUACCGGUCGUACAAAAGUAUCACGGACAAGAUUGAAUGCGUUUCUACGAACAGCUAUGAUUUUACAUAUAAAUUUACCACCUUUACCUGCUGCUAUCUUGUACGAUACAUUCGAUCGAGAUAAUAGAUCGUAUACCUUCGAUUUCAAGGCUACUACAAAUCAUACACCUUCUAAAAUGUCUCAGAAUUUGACUGGAGUCAUUGAACGUCCUAAAGAAUUUAAAUUUCGUACAAAGGACUCUUUGUUGGAGUCGCAAUUAUUUACGUCAUUUAAAUACCAAGACAUGGUGAGAUCGUCUAACAAAGUGGAUUACUCGUGGAUAAACAAGGACUUGAUUUACCCUGAAGAAAGAUGGCGGAAAACGUGGAAGAGACAAUUUUGUCACGUGGCAAAUCGCGUGACGGCAUCACCUUGGCGUCAAAUUGUCAGACCUCAUCAUUCGCCUAAAUUACGAUCAAGUAUGACAAAUUUCAAUACCAAUAGACUUACGGACAACAAAAGCGAAGAAAAUAAUAUCGAUAGAAUUUCAUAUGGCGUUGAACAGUACGAUUCUAUCAAACAAGAUUCUUUCUUCGAAAGUAAUGUAAAUUCAAUUGAGAAAACUUACGUAUCCAAAGAGAAUGCAACAUCAGGGAAGGUUACAGAGAAUUUCGAAUAUCCUCGGAUGAAUCCUAAUAGGAAUUUAAAGGAAGAAGAAAAAAAAGAAACGAAAAGGGAGAAAUGUUUUCGUUGUAACGAUUGUGGUAAAGAAUUUUCGCAGUUGCGCAAUUACAAGUACCAUCGUAGCAUUCACGAGGGUACAAGGGAAUUCGCGGCCAGUUGCACGGAAUGCGGGAAAUUUUUUAACGAUCGUAGUUACCUUAGUUCACACAUGAAGAUCCAUCGCAAUCGUAAGGAAUACGCUUGCCUUGUAUGCGGUAAAAGUUUCAAUCAACGAAUGGCAUAUAACAUGCACGCCAAGAUACACACCGGUUUGAAACCACAUAGUUGCGAACAGUGUGGCAAAGCUUUCUCGAGGAAAAUGCUUCUCAAACAGCAUCUCAGGACACAUUCUGGGGAACGACCUUAUAGGUGUCACAUUUGUCAAAAAGCUUUUGCAGAUAGAUCGAACAUGACACUUCACACGAAGCUUCACUCAGGAUUGAAACCUUAUCAAUGUACUCUUUGUUCCAAGGCUUUUACGAAGAAACACCAUUUGAAGACUCACCUUAACUCUCAUACUGGAUCCAAACCUUAUUCUUGCUCAAAAUGUGGCCUUCAUUUUUCUCAGAGUAGUAACAUGAGAACACAUUUUAAAAAAUGUACAUAUCAGAUUAAUCCAAUUGUUUUGACUAAUGAUUCGAAAAGUGGGGGAACUCUUAAGGGUUAAGUAGAAUCUGCAG